UAGAUUAAUAUAUAUAAACAAUACAUAAGUAUUUCAAUACAUUCACACAUUCAAGUUCAAGUUUAUCAAUCACUGAAAUUAUAUGGACAUUUAUGAUUGUAAUUUAUGAAUGAAUCCAAUUAAAAUUUUUAUCAGCCUACCCCCUUAUGUACCCUAACGAACUAUUGAAACGUAUUGAAACUAUUAUGAAUAUAUACAACCGUGAUUGUAUCAAAACGAAUAAAGCAAUACUUGUCUAUAUUGUCAGCAAAGAGAACGUCAUCGUCAGUCAGGCACUUGAUGGACCCUUGACAUAGCACAUCACACACAGAUCCCAUAAAAUGUUAAAAUAUGCAGUGUGCAUAUGUACAUAUUGAUUAACUCAAAUGUUUUAGUAUUCACAAAACUAAAUUAAAAUGUUUCCUGAACGGCUUUGGCGGUGCAAUGCAUAAUUUGGCUGAUCAACAUUACCUAGUAGAAGCCAAUGAAUCUUCAUCUUUUCCAAACGGCUCUGUUCAAAACUUGAGACGCUCGGAUCUCGCGCCCGGUGUCUAUAAGCCAAAUAUCCAACAGACUCUAAAAAGAAUAAAUUUUAUAUUUCACAGAACUUGCAGCUUUACAAAUUUGAUACGGGAAUGUAACGUAGCGGAAGGGCAGACGCUGCUCAUAUUUUGGGGCUCUCAAACUUCGGAGAGCAGGGUGACGAUCAGCAUGUCUGCAUCGAGCUGUUCGUCGCUUCACAUGCCCCCAAUCACGAAUUCUCUCAAUUCAACCAUUCACCGUGAAAGGAACUUGCGUUCUACGGCGCAGCAAACUGAUAUCAGCUGUCGUUCACUGGAAAUAGGCUCGCCAGUAAAUGUAACAGAAAGCGAAGAGCAGCGUCUGCUCCGCGAGCGCAUCGCCGACUCCCUGACGUUCUCCUCGCCCGCGUCGUCGCUGCUGCAGCCCACGCGCCGCUCCGUGUCCUUGCUGGGCUCGGUCUGUGCUCUGCUGCUCAAGAAACAGGCUUCAAGCGCCAAGGAGGAGCUGAGCGUGACCGGCAGCCAACGUUCGGACAACAUCUGCCGCAUCUGCUUCGGCGGCGAGUCGGCGGAGCGGCUGGUGCGGCCGUGCUCCUGCCGCGGCACCAUCGCGGCGGUGCACCGCGGCUGCCUGGAGCGCUGGCUGCUGCAGGCCGCCAGCUCGUACUGCGAGCUGUGCCGGCACCACUACGUCGUCACGCGCACUCACAACGGCGCCGCGCGCAGGUGGUCGUGGGCGCGCUCGCUGCUGGAGUGGGCGCGCUCGGGGCGCGGGCGCGCGCUGGCGGCGGACGCGUGGCGCGGCGCGGCGCUGGGCGCGGCGUCGGUGCUGGGCACGGCGCGCGCGCUGCACGCGUGCGACGCGGCGCUGCAGGCGGGCGCGCGCCGGGGCGGGGGCGCCGCGCUGGCCGCCAACCUCUUCUCUUCGCUGCUCAUUGGUAUUAUCGGUGCCCUCAACGGCCUGUUGACGACGUGGAUGCUGCUCAAGAUCCAGGAGCACCAGAUGUCGUGGCGCGCUUGGCGGGACAGCACCCUGCACGUGCACGUGACGCUGGGCGACACCACGCCGGCGCAGAGCGUCGCGUCGCUGACCACCGUGGUGGGCGCGGCGCACGAGCCCACCGCCGACCGCGCCACCAACAUCGCCGACCCCUUCAUGGUCGCACGGCCCUACACGCUGCCCGAACCGUGACACGCAUUCACGCCACGCUAAAGUUCAAUCAAAUAUCGGGUCUCUACAACUACCUGCAGUAUCUUCAAGCUUAUAGUAUCUUAGAGAAGUUAAAAGUAUAAUAGGCAUAUUAUUAGAAAGCGUGUUCCAUUUAAGAGUUCAUCGUCGCUUCAGGUUGCAAACGAGUGUUGCAACCUGACUACAUAAUAAAGUUCUCUUGCUUAAACCAUUGACGCAGAUUUGCCCUAAAAUUUGUAGAUUAUUUAUUACAUUGAGGAUGUCUCAAAUGUACGUAUAUUUUAUAAUAUCAUCAAGUAUUUUUAUAUUAAUAUUUUUCUUAAUACUUCUCGCACAAGACUUCAUUCAAUAUGUUACACUAUUUUGUUAAUAUACAUAUUUGUUGAAAGAUUUUCAUUUUUCCAUAUUCCUUUAUUUAUCUAGUAAGUAGGUACUUACCUCUACCUACUUAUUAUAAGAUAAACGCUGAUUAAUGAUCAAAAUAAAACAACGAGGACCGUUUCUUCCCUCAUUUAUAAUCGGUUAGGACAUCGGAAAUGAAACAUCAUUAUUAAAAAUUGUUAAUCGUAAUAUUUAAUUUCAUUAUAAUAAUAUUAUCAAUAUAAAUUAGGCUUAAAAUUAAGGUCAAUAAUAAAAUUUAUGAAUUUAUCAAUAUAAUAGUCAAUUAUUUGAAGCAUUUAAAUAUAACUUAAUGUCGUAAUUGUAAAAUAGAAUAUUGUUAGAAAAGUAGGUAUCCUGUAACUUGUGACGUUGAAAACGCAAUCGAAAACCACAAAAAGUGCAUUUAUAUGUUAAAGUCGAUUUAGCAUUAACUUAAGGCCUCUUAUCAUUUUAAAAAUCAAAAACAUUGUAAAGGCGCGGACGGUGUAACACGUUUAUACAUUGUUGUUACGAUUUGAACGUCACAAAGCACACAGUGGCUCGCACAAGCGACACGAGGAUGCAUCUUGCUUAUGUAGAUAAAUAAGUGAAGAAGAUUCUCGCGGGAAGCUCUCAGUGCGUCGUUAUAACAUUUAUAGCGAAUAUUACCGCCACGUUACACGGCUAUGAACUACAAAUACAAUUAUCGCUCGAAAUGUAGCUGUACACAGAGACAUCUGUAGACUUCGUAGACAUUUACAGAAAAGAGAAGCUCUCAUAGAGAAGAAACAGACGUGUUUUUCAUUAUUUCUUAACGGCCGAAUUCAAAUCUUUUGUGGCCUUAUUAGCGCCAUCUGGACAGUUUGGAACUCCUGGGACCACUUUCGGAUUCUCUUAAAUGGUCACUAUGGGUAUGCAACUUGUGACGUCAUAAACUUCGUCAUAAAAUAUUAACAUCAUGGGCAUCAGUUAUGUUUGAACGUUACAACACAUACUGAUAUUAUCUACGGAUUUCUCUGUGUACAGUAUAAACUGUUAGUGAAACUUACAUACUAAAUAUAAAAAAAUCACAUACAUCUUGAGAUUAUAAAUAAAUAGGAGGAGUGUACACGAGACUGCGCGCGGAGAUACGACGAGUUGGGCGAAUUGGAUAAACAUCUGACAACGUAACACAAACAAUAACAACACAACACAACAACACACUGCGCCACACUACACGGAAGACGACAAACCAAGAAACACGGCCCACACUGAAGCUUGAGCGAAAUUAUACAAGAAAAUUAUGAAAGAAUUUCAAAAAUAGGGAAUUGUAAAGAAUAGUACCUAAUGUGUAAGUAUUAUAUAGAAAGGAAAUAUUUUUGUGACAUACAACUCUAUAGCUAAAGACGUUGACUAAAAAUACGAUGACGCGUUAAGUUAUUUACAAUAUCUAUGAUAUAAAGAUUGAGGGCUUGGUUUCUUACAGAUGUGUCGAAGCUUCCGUCUACUGUACAGCAGUGUGUAACAUACGCUCUUUGGACUCACUAAUCUUCCACUACACAUUUGUGACCUACACGGUUCGACUACUGCACACUCUGGCUACUAGACGCUGACACCAUGUGACCUUGAAAUCGUAUCACAUGCAUUUAUAACUUUAAACUUGACAGUUCAACACUGUCAAAAUAAUUUGCAUGCAGUAAAAUGAUAUGAUUUCAAUGUUACACAGAAUCGAGAACAAGAAAACGCUACUUUAGUAUUCCAUUUCUACUGUAAAUAGGAAAUGUCAUUAUAGUAUCGAGACACGGGAUACCAGUUUUGUUAUUUGCGACAGUAGAACCUCGAUGAAAAUAA